AUGGCGGUGGUGGACAAGGCGGAGGUGGACCUCGCGGGGCGCGUCGCUGAGACACAGGCUUGGUUUCGCCAGGCCCAUCAGGAGCUGAAGGUUGCCCAGGACCUGCUGGCCGAGCGCAAGCUGGAGCUUGUCAUGAAGCAGGACGACAUCGAGAAGGCCCAGGAGCUGGCGAGGGAGCAGGCCGCCAAGGACAAGGCCUCUCGGCACCAGCACCAGGUCGCCGCAACGCUCCAUGGCAAGGACGAGGAAGUGGAGAAGCUUAUCGUGCAGCAGACCCAGGAACUAGAGCAGAGGCAUGAGGAGGCACUCAAUGCUCAGGCCCAGGUUCAGGCUGGCAAGGUGAAAGAGCUGGAGGUGGAGCGGGAUGGGCUGAAGGACCAGGCCCGGAAGCUGGCGAAGGAGAAGGACACGCUCAAUAGUGCUCUGAUUGAGGCGCAAGCUGCAGUCCUCGGCAAGGUCAAGGCCCGGGAGGAUACCCUGACCAAGAAUUUGGAGAAGGAGAGGCAGCUGCGGAAGAACGACGCCGCCUACCACGAGGAUUUUGUGAAGGGCGAGAACUUCCGGAUCAGCCGCCUCGCCGACGUCGCCGAGUUUUCAAGGCCAGGCAUCAUGUCGUCUCCCUCCCCCAACAACGCGGGCGAUGAUGCUUGGCUAAUGAAGAUAGAGAUGAAGAGAGAAGAACUUGGGGAGAUCAAGAAGGGUGACAGGAUCAACAAGGCCGCGGAGGAUCAAGCUCCGACAGCAGAAGAAGAAGACAUCCUUCAACCUCACUACAAUCUUAUUACCCCCACUGAAAUUGAAGCUUUCAAGAUGAUUGAAAUAGCUCGAAUCAUCCCACUCAAGGGCAUUAUUCGUAAGUUGGAGAACCUCCUACGUUCGAUGUUGGACGACAACCCAGCUUCAUCAACAACUCCUUCAUCACCACCUUUGAAGAAAGAGAUCUAA